UGUCGAGGAGAGUCCGCCUCUUAAGGAUCCCAAUCUGAGCCUCUCUCUAUGUGUUUUCUUUUCUACAUGUAUUUAAACAAUUGCGUUGAUUGAUUCUGGAUUUCUCUGAAUUGAUGUUCGAAUUUUUAAGAUAAUUAUUGAAUCAUAUACUCUUUGGUGUGGUUUCAUAUUGUCAAGUUUUCGUUUUGUGGUCAAUCUAAUAAGAGAAGAUCUGGUAUUGGGUUGUGUCUGAUGAAUGAUCUCUUUGGGGGAAUAAGUUUGGUUUGAUAAAAAGAUUGGAUGUAUUGGUGCCCAUUCAUGUGGAGAUCAGGAGGAGAAGAUUUGCAAGGUUUCUAUCCAGUUAGACCUGAAUGUCUACCUGAUGUUCCCAGGACCCGCUUUAAAUCCAGGGCUGGAAAAACUCUAAGUGCUAGAAGAUGGCACGCUGCCUUUACUGAAGAUGGCCAUUUGGAUAUGGAAAAAGUCCUCAGACGUAUUCAGCGUGGUGGCAUUCACCCCUCCAUCAAAGGCGCUGUUUGGGAGUUUUUGUUAGGAUGCUACGAUCCAGACAGCACUUUUGAUGAAAGGACCAAGCUCAGGAAUCUAAGAAGGGAGCAGUACGCUGCAUGGAAACAAGAAUGUAAGACUAUGGUUCCUGUCGUUGGUAGCGGCAAGUACAUCACUAUGGCUGUGGUUUCUCAAAAUGGGGAACCAAUAGAUGAAUCUUCUGUUGAAAAUCAAGGAUGGCUCGUCAAAGACACUGUUAGAGACGAGAGAGUACUCCAAUGGAUGCUCUCCUUGCAUCAGAUCGGCCUUGACGUUGCUAGAACAGAUCGGUAUCUCUCCUUUUAUGAGGAUGGUGGUAAUCAAUCAAAACUGUGGGAUGUUCUUGCCAUAUAUACAUGGUUGAAUCUUGAUAUUGGUUAUGUUCAAGGCAUGAACGAUAUAUGUUCCCCAAUGAUAAUUCUCUUUGAAGAUGAAGCCGAUGCUUUCUGGUGCUUUGAGCGUGCAAUGCGAAGACUGAGAGAAAAUUUCAGGGCAACAGCGACAUCAAUGGGUGUCCAGACACAACUGGGUGUGCUCUCACAGGUCAUUAAAACGGUUGAUCCUCGGCUCCAUCAGCAUCUAGAGGAUCUGGAUGGUGGGGAGUAUCUGUUUGCUAUAAGGAUGUUGAUGGUACUUUUCAGGAGAGAAUUCUCCUUCCUCGACUCUUUGUACCUUUGGGAGCUGAUGUGGGCGAUGGAGUAUAAUCCAAACAUGUUUGCAACAUACGAGGAACUAGAAAACCGAAGCAACGCAGCAGACGAUCCAAAGUUACUAAAACGUUAUGGAAAGUUUGAGAGGAAAUACGUGAACAGCGGAAAGAACGAGCGACAUAGCAAUACGAUUGCUGUUUUCGUGGUCGCUAGCGUUCUUCAGACAAAGAACAAACGUCUCUUGAAGGAAGCUAAGGGCUUAGACGACGUUGUUCAGAUACUAGGAGACAUCGCUGGUAAUCUUGAUGCGAGAAAAGCUUGUAAAGAAGCGUUGAAGAUCCAUGAAAAGUUCCUUAAAAAGGCUAAUAGGCAAUGAAUAUUUGCUUCCACUUUAUAUACUGAGAGAUAUUAACACAUUUAUCGUGAAGUUGUUCAUAGCCCGCUAGGAAUCUCAUGAAAGAUAUUCUGUAUGGAGAUUGAUGAGAACGGCUUUGGUGAUUUUUUUUUCUUGUAUUUGUUCAUUGGCUUUUUAUGUUACAUAAAUUAACUGUGUGCCGUUUUUGAGUCCUAAGAAUGAACGUCGGGAUACUUCCUUCCCGUAAAUUGUUAGUUUUCUUUUUGAUGAUGAUCUUUUUGCAUCCUUUUGUCUUUCUUUUGUUUUUUGUAAUCUAUGGUAAGGAUCCAUAUUAAUCUCUCAAGGAAAAGUAUAUCAUACGGAUGGUCA